AUGUUCAUCUCAUCAAGGGUAGUCUGGCGCGUCACUGCCGUGAAGAUUAUACGCGAUGAGUCCGUCUCGUUCAUCAUCGCCAGCUCUUCCAAGCUAGCACACUGGCUUCGGUAUGGAAAGACCAAGCUGAUAAAGCCCGAGCUGAUGGAGGCUGCAAGUCUCAAGUCUGACUUUUCAGGGCGUGAAGCUCUGCCUUUUAGCGCAUGGUGCACGACAGCCAAUGUUGACUACAGCGUAGAAGAAGAUAAAGGUGUGGCAAUUCCAAUCGGCAGGCCCAUAGAGAACUGUGGUGUUGUCGUUGUGGACAAGGGCUUGAAGCCAGUACCGAGCGGUGCCUCGGGAGAGAUUGCCGUGACGGGUGCUGGCGUUGCAAACGGCUAA